CUGAUAUUUUACCAGUCACUCGUGGAGCGGUUACUUACAGUUGGGUUCGAUCUCCGGCGAUACACUUGAGGCUCAGAUGCUUCCUCCUUAUCCACGAAACAGUGCCUGAAGCAGAAAUGAAAACAGCAAUGGCGAGCUUCAAUUAUUCACUUCUCAUCUCCAACCCGCACCAACCUCCACCUCCACCUCCACUCUUCUCCGAACCCUUCAUCCCCAAAUCCUCUCUCUCACUUUCGCCAUCAUCAUUCUUGCUCUUAAAGCGCUCAUCUUUAUCUUCGUCUCCCGCCAGCAGCGUUAUCCACAUUCGCUGUUCGAGAUACGAAGAAAACGACUCAUCCCUCCUUCAAGACGACGGCGUUGACGACGCUCUGGGCCCGCAAGGACGCACCCAACAGAGAAGCAGAGGCGGCGUAGUGGACGGUGUGAUCCAAGAAGCUUUCCCGCAGCAAAGCGGGAACUGGGUUAUCGUGUCUUCUUGCUUGGUGGGCCUCUUGACCGGCAUUAGCGUAGUGAUAUUCAACAGCGGGGUUCAUGAAGUUCGCGAUUUGUUCUGGGACGGGAUACCUUCUAGGGGAGCUUCGUGGCUCAGAGAAGAGCCCAUUCAGGCUGUCUGGACGCGGGUCAUUCUUGUCCCUGCUUGUGGUGGUCUGAUUGUUGGGGCGCUGAACGCGGUGAGGAGUGGUUUAGAAGAGUUUGGUGAGGGCGAUGUAGUGAAGGAUGGAUUCAGGCCAUUCCUAAAGGCUGUGGCUGCUUGUGUUACUUUAGGUACUGGGAAUUCUCUGGGCCCGGAAGGUCCCAGUGUGGAGAUUGGAGCAUCGGUAGCAAAGGGCGUCGGCAAACUGUUUGAUAAGAGUUCACAGAGAAGGCUCUCGCUCGUGGCGGCGGGGUCUGCUGCUGGAAUUUCCUCAGGUUUUAAUGCUGCUGUCGCUGGUUGUUUUUUUGCUGUGGAGUCUGUCUUGUGGCCCUCCCCGGCAGAUUCAUCCAUCUCACUUACAAAUAACACCUCUAUGGUUAUCCUCAGUGCUGUUAUAGCUUCGAUUGUAUCAGAAGUUGGUCUUGGCUCUCAACCAGCCUUCAAAGUUCCACUAUAUGACUUCCGAUCACCUGGGGAACUCCCGUUGUAUCUUCUAUUGGGUGCCCUAUGUGGCUUGGUUUCACUGGCAUUGUCUAGUUGCACAUCAUAUAUGUUGGUCAUUGUUGACAAUAUUCAUGAAGCCACCGGAAUGCCAAGGGCUGCCUUUCCCGUAGUGGGUGGCUUAACAGUUGGCCUAAUAGCCUUGGCAUAUCCUGAAAUACUCUACUGGGGUUUUGAGAACGUUGACAUUUUGUUGGAAUCUCGGCCAUUUGUGAAAGGUCUCUCUGCUGAUCUAUUGCUUCAACUAGUAGCUGUUAAAGUUCUAGCAACUUCUCUAUGCCGUGCUUCAGGAUUAGUAGGUGGUUACUAUGCCCCUUCCCUCUUUAUUGGUGCAGCAACUGGGACAGCGUAUGGGAAGUUAAUUAGUUCUGCACUUUCCCAGUUGAAUCCAGUAGUCCAUCUCUCCAUUUUGGAGGUGGCAUCACCUCAAGCAUAUGGCCUGGUAGGAAUGGCUGCUACUCUGGCAGGGGUGUGUCAGGUGCCUCUUACUUCAGUUCUGUUGCUUUUUGAACUGACACAGGACUAUCGGAUAGUUCUACCACUACUUGGGGCUGUUGGAUUGUCUUCAUGGAUUACAUCUGGACAGUCCAAAAGAAGAGACAGCAAGAGCAGUAGAAAGCUAGAUGACAAGGAUUCCACAAAUAUUUACGGAGGAAAUGCUCCUGUAACUCAAAAGUUCGAAAAUUCCGGCAACAGAAGGGAAGCGCCUUCGUCUUACCCACUUGCUGAAACAAAUGCAAAUGCCUAUAACCUUUGUGAUGUCGAAAGUUCGCUAUGUCUGGAGGAGCCCACUAUGGGAAUUGACGAGUUGGAAGGAAGAGUUUUGGUUUCGCAGGCCAUGCGGACAAGAUAUGUCACUGUCCAAGGAAGGACUUUGCUGUCAGAAGCUGUGAGCCUCAUGCUCGCAGAGAAGCAAUCAUGUGCAGUAAUUGUUGACGAUGACAGAAUUUUGGUCGGGCUACUUUCACUAGAGGACAUUCAAGGAUUCAGCAAAUCUUCUACCACAAAAAGCAAAGAACCAAAGAUAUUACAGAAUGUUGACUUUUCUUUACAGGAGCUUUUGGUAUCCGAACUGUGUUCUCUUGAGGAUGGAAAAUGUCGAGUCCCCUGGACAGCAGUUCCUAGCAUGAAUCUUCUUUAUGCUCGUAUGAGUAUGAACAGGCAUGGCUUGAGCCAUGUUCCAGUUGUUUCAGAGCACAUCGAAGGUCAUAGAGGACACCCUGUUGGUCUUUUGGACAGAGAGUGCAUCAGCCUAACUUGCAGAGUUCUAGCAAUGAAAGAACUAUUCAAAUGACAAGCUUCACUCCGGUGAUCCGUGCUUGACAAUGAAUGUCUCCUCAUGAAAUCUUUGGAUUAUAAAGCACCCAUCAUUACAAGAUGGACAAAAGAAGUCAUGUAUGAUGCAGCGCAGGCACAGACCAAAUCCCUGUUUGAAAGCAGCAAAGCAACUUCCUAGGUGGGUUCUGCUCGAUCACCAUUAAUUGUAUCUGGCCGCUUCAACGGGUGCUGCCACCAGCUAUUGGGAGAGGCUGGCCUUGGCCGCGGCCAAGAUGGCCUUGCCCAAUAAAGCUUAGAAAGAAACGUUCUAAUCCAUCUUUACAGAAAGGGGUGGAAAGGAGCAGUCAUAAUUCAGAAAGGGACGGUUACUGUGUCUGAAAUUCUUUAGCAGCUUGGGUAAUUAGGAAGUUGCUGAAGUUUGGGGAGUUCAACCGCAUCAGACACGUUCCAGUGACAAGCGUGCAUCUCGGAUGGUGCUCUAUGCCAUAAAACCCAGGAACCGAGGCGCAGACUUAUUUCAACAUGCUU